ACCAAUGAUUUUAGCGCCCUCUAUAAAGUUGUACGUCGAGCGAAGGCGCUCUUUUACCAGUUAUUUCCCGCGAAACCCGAAGUUUUGGACGGACAGUGGCAGAAAACAGUUAACUAUCAGUCGUCAGGAUGCAGUCCAUAUCUCUUGACAUGGAUGAGGUACAUGGGGCCGAGGAUGGUUAUAUCAGUGACGAGGAGUUCCCCCCUCUGGCUGGUGACUUGCCCCCGCUGUCGCCCACGAGAAGCACUGCUGGACACGUGGGAGAAGAUGACAAUGCCUUAGGCAAUUGGGCAGGAAGCGAUGCAGACAAGGAGAACCAGGGAGACAAAAAGCGCCCUCGUAGGCUCGUCAACAGAAAGCCGCAACCCAAACUGGAUGCUGUACGGCUGUGCUCGGAUAGAGGCCUGCCCACCCUCAGCAAGCACUUUGAGCAGGUCAAGUUCAAGGGCAAAGGUCACGAGGUCGGUGACCUGAACCGCCUGAUGUCCACUAUGGAGCACUGGGCCCACCGGCUCUUCCCCAAGAUGCCGUUUGAUGAGGUCAUCGAGAGGAUCGAGAAGCUGGGGAAAAAGAGACAAGUUCAGACCUGCAUCAAGAAGAUCCGGCUGGACAUGCCACUAAUGGACGAGGACUACGAGGAACAAGAAGCAGAACCAGAGGGCAGUGAUGCCCUAAAUGGCCGCGGCGACGACGAAGUCGAGAUGGAUGCUUUCAGCCAAUCAGCUGCUCCACCGUCGCAAACCAUGGCAACAGCUGUUGCCGACACUAGUGUCUCGCUAUCUGAUGAACAAAAGGAGAGAAUGGAACGGAACAAGCGUCUGGCCAUGGAACGUCGCAAGUCCAAGGGGCCGGCCACUCCGGCCGGCCACCAGGCACCAAUCACGGCCGACGAAAUCCAGGACCUGGAGAGAGAACACGCCGACGAAGAGGACAUGGAAAAUGAACUGUGGAACGACAUCGCCAUGUUUGAGGCUGACCAGAGAAACAUCUGGAAAACCUCGCCGGCAGAAACGGCUGCAAAAGAGACUGAUUCAGUACAAACGCCUGCCAGUAAGGAAACGACAGGGAUAGCAAACAACCCGGCACGGCCAGAAGACGGUCAAAGAUUGUCACAAGAAAUCAUCGACAUUGAUGCACAGGUCUUGGAGGAAGAUACUGAAAUUGUUCAAGGAGAAAAGGAAGCUGGAUUUGAAGAGGUGAUUGAUGUAGACAGAGGGGCUGAGGAAGAGAAAACUAAUGUGCUGAGGAAAGAUUCUAAGGAGGUUGUUGACACGGACGACGAAGACAUGGAUGAAGAAAGAGGAACGCUGGCUGAGGAGAAGAGAGAUGAGAUUGUGGAGACUGUCGAUGUGGAUGCGGAGAACCAAGGAGACAAAUUGGAUGAUGAAGCAAAAGAGGAUGGAGAAGGGAACAUGAGCUCAGAUUUGGUUCUGAAAUGGGACUCGGAAUCAGCAGACGAGAGUAUGAUCAUUCAGGAACCACAGGAAUAAAUAAAGUGAUGGACAGGACAGGACAGAAUGUAAUGGGCUCCGUGCACAAGUAUCCUCUCAACAGCAAGACAAGAAGAGUUGGGGGAAGACCACUGGGAGAGACUUUUCAUGCAUAGCCCGACACGUGAUUGUGUAGUGAAGGGCCAGUUUUGUUUUGAUUUGAUAAAAUUAGAAUCAAGAGGUUUUUUUAAUUACUCAAAAUAACAUUUUCAACUUAAAGCAAACUUCUCUCAAUAAAAUGACACCUACUUGUAAUUUUUGAACAGUUUCUUGGGGUAGAAAUUACGAUU